CUCCCUUUCUCUGUGCCUCUGCCUCCCACCGUCUCCUCUUCCCCCUCAGUCUGCGGAGAGCAGCCGUGCAGACGGCAGCCUGCGAGGUUUCACCAGGAUUUCAGCGAGCGACGAAGACUCUUCUGAGAGCAGCAGAGAGGGAGAGCAGAUCAACGCUGCGGCUUCCCUCCACUUCAUCAUGGACCUGUGGACUAGCCGAAGGCGGGGAACAAACACACGGCUCGUCCUGAUGCUUGUCAGCUGGUGUGUGGACAUAAAUGCAGAAACAUGUCGCAGGCCGCUGGUAUCGAGUUUAUCACCGUCGUCAUUCAGAAGCUCCUCGCAGCUGUCCAGCAGUCAUGGGCCGGGUUUUGCUAAAUUAAAUCGGAGAGAAGGUGCUGGAGGCUGGUCUCCUCUGGACUCAGACAAAUAUCAGUGGUUGGAGGUCGACCUGGGUGGGCGGACGCAAAUCACAUCUGUUGCUACGCAAGGUCGCUAUGGGAGCUCUGACUGGCAAACGGCCUACCAGCUGAUGUUCAGCGACACGGGACACAACUGGAGACAGUACCGAUGGGAAGGACGCAUAGGAGCCUUUCCUGGGAACAGUAAUGCAGACAGUGUGGUCCAGCACAACCUCCAGCACCCUGUGAUCGCUCGCUUCGUCCGCGUCGCUCCUCUCCGCUGGAAUCCAAACGGUCGGAUUGGACUCAGGCUGGAGGCCUACGGAUGUCCUUACAAUUCUGACACGGUGAGCUUUGACGGCGACAGCAGCCUUGUUUUCAAGCUGAGUCAAAGACCGAGACAGACGUCCACCAACACCAUCUGUCUGACGUUUAAAACCAUGAGAAACUCUGGCUUUCUGCUUCACGCUGAAGGACGGAAUGAGCUCGGCCUCACUUUGGAUUUACAGGACGGACGACUUCUGCUGCUCCUUAGAAAAGGGAAGAGUUCCAGACAGCAUCUUGUGUCUCUGGGCAGCCUGUUGGAUGACCAACACUGGCAUCGUGUCGCGGUGGAGCAACACGGCAGUCACUUCAACCUCACCGUGGACAAAAACACAAAGUGGGUGGUGAUCCCACCAUGGUUCACCCACUGGGACUAUGACCAGAUGACCGUUGGAGCAGAUCAGAACCUCGACUCUCAAAACUCAAAUAGAAAUUUCCACGGCUGUGUUGAAAACCUUCUCUACGAUGGCCAGAACCUGAUUGGCUUGGCUAAACAGAGGGACCAGAGUGUUACUGCGAUGGGCAACGUGACAUUUUCCUGCUCUGAACCAGUCUUCGUUGCCGUGACAUUCACGGGCCCCCGGAGUUUCCUGCGGUUGCCUGGGGACAUAGGUCUGCUUUCGGCAGGGGUCUCGCUGGGGCUUCAGUUUCGGACGUGGGACACGGAGGUGUUGCUGCUGACCUUUGAUCUCCCGAAGCGAGACGGGACGGUAUGGCUACACCUGAGAGACGCCAAAGUACAUCUUCAAAUCCACAAGGCUGGAAAGCCCCCUGUAGAGCUAAAAGCAGGUUCAUGCUUGAAUGACGGUCAGUGGCAUUCAGUGGACUUGAGAUCACGACAACAUCUGACCGUCACAGUGGAUGGAACUGAAGUUGCCUCUGCAAGUCCCACAUACCCCAUCACUCCAGGAGGUCAACUUAUCUAUGGCGGUUGCCCGGCCGAAGGGAACGGCCGCUCGUGCAGAAAUCCCUCCAGUGCUUUCCAAGGAUGUAUGCGUCUCCUGACGGUGGAAGACGAACUGGUGGAUCUCAUCAAGGUCCAGCAGAGGCUGAUGGGAGAUUACAGCAACCUCCAGAUCGACAUGUGUGGCAUUAUGGACAGAUGUUCCCCAAGUUACUGUGAGCAUGGAGGCAGCUGCACUCAGUCGUGGAGCACGUUUGACUGCAACUGCUCCGGCACCGGCUAUGGUGGAGCCACAUGUCACAGCUCAAUAUACAAGCGGUCCUGUGAGGCCUACAAACACAGAGGCAACACAUCGGGAUAUUAUUACAUUGACGCUGACGGUAGUGGACCCAUUAAACCACAGCUGCUAUUCUGCAAUAUGACAGAAGUCGAGACGUGGACAGUGGUCCAGCACAACAACACAGAACUGACCAAAAUCCAGCCGUCCACAGAAAGAAGUCAGCAUCUGACUCACUUUGAAUACGCUGCGGACGAAGAGCAGCUAAUGGCAACCAUCAACCAAUCAGAGUACUGCGAACAGGAACUGGCUUACCACUGCAGGAAGUCCCGCCUUCUCAAUUUGCCAGAGGGCGGUCCGCUCAGCUGGUGGGUCGGAGGGCCCGGCACAGGACAAAGGCAGACCUACUGGGGCGGGGCCCUUCCAGGCAGCCAGCAGUGUGCCUGCAGUCUGCAGGAGAACUGCCUGGACCCCAAACGCCACUGCAACUGUGAUGCUGACCACCGCACUGUGUGGUCCAGUGACUCUGGUCUGCUGACCCAUAAGGAGUCCCUGCCUGUCAGAUCGUUGGUACUAGGGGAUGUCCGGAGGCCAGGAUCAGAGAGCUCCUACCAGGUGGGACCCCUGCGUUGCUAUGGAGACAAAAGUAUCUGGAAUGCUGCGUUUUUUGCCAAGGAAACGUCGUACCUUCACUUUCCCACCUUCCACGGAGAGCUGAGCGCCGACAUCUCGCUCCUGUUUAAGACCACCUCAUCCUCCGGCGUCCUCCUGGAAAACCUGGGCAUCAGAGACUUCAUUCGACUUGAACUCAGCUCCCCCACGGAGGUCGUCUUUUCCUUUGACGUGGGUAACGGCCCACUGGAGGUAAGCGUGAAGGCCGGCGUCCCGCUGAACGACGACAGGUGGCAUCGCAUUCAAGCCGAGCGGAACGUGAGAGAGGCGUCGCUUCGCCUUGACGAGCUCCCCGCCGCCACACAGGAAGCCCCUGCUGACGGACACAUCCACCUGCAGCUGAACAGCCAAUUAUUUGUAGGAGGCACUGCUUCCAGGCAGAAGGGUUUUCGAGGAUGUAUCCGCUCCUUGCAGCUGAACGGUGUUACUCUGGACCUGGAGGAAAGAGCGACGGUCACCCCCGGGGUCCAGGCGGGAUGCCCAGGCCACUGCGGCACCUACGGUGGGCUUUGUCAGAACCAAGGCCGCUGUGUGGAGGGAACCAGAAGCUUUUCCUGUGACUGCAGCUCGUCUGCCUUCACUGGAGCCUUCUGUGACCAGGACGUCUCAGUCGCCUUCGAGCCGGAAACAUCCCUCAGCUACAGCUUCGAGGAAAACCUGCCGAAUGAGUCAAACGGGAGCAGCAGCUCCCAUUUGUCCCCCUUUCUGCCCAACCUGAACCUGAGAGGAGAAAACGUUUCGCUGAGUUUCAGGAGCGCCCAGAGUCCUGCUUUGUUCCUUUACGUCAGCUCUCGCCGCAGGCAGUACCUGGCUCUGUUGCUCAACAAGCAAGAACAGCUAGAGGUGAGGUACAGGCUGGAAAGUAGCAGAGAAGAAGAAAUCCUCAGGAGCAGAGUGAGGUCCCUCGCUAACGGACAGCUGCAUUCUGUUUCCGUCAGCAGACUGGCCGACUCCGUCACCAUACAGGUUGACCAACAUAGCAAAGAACAUUUCAACAUGACCUCUGGUGUUGAAUUUAGUGGCAUAAGGUCACUGACUCUUGGUAGAGUUCACAACUCUCAGGGUUUGGACCCGGCGCUGGCUCAGCUCGGCUCUCUGGGUUUCGCCGGCUGUCUGUCUGCCGUCCUCUUCAACUCCAUCAGCCCUCUGAAAGCCGCCCUCCUCCGACCGCGCGCCGGCUCUGUUGUUGUCAGGGGCCCGCUCAUCCGGUCCAGUUGUGGCCCCGCUGCAGCCAAUCCCCACGCAGCGGAAAACACACACCACCAGCCAGACCAAUCAGGGUCGGUAGGAGGAGGCCAGCCGUUAGUGAAUGCCCUCAGAAGUGACUCGGCUCUCAUCGGAGGCCUGAUAGUGGUGAUCUUUGGGAUUGUUGCUGCAUUAGCCAUACUGAUCCGACUUCUGUACAGAAGAAAGGGGGCAUGCCAAAACCAGGAGCUGACAAAAACAGAAGAUAGCAACAGACUGCAGUUUACCAGCCAGACCAUCUCGCAGUUCGGUCUGACUGAGAGCCAGAAAGAAUAUUUUAUUUAGACGCAACCUCCCGGAUGGCAGACUGAGACACUUUGUAAUUCCUCGGUGCUUUGCACAACGACCCGAUAUGUGAUUGUGAUUUAUAUGCAGUUUGUGAAGUUGAACAAUCGGAAAAGCAAAACACUGUCACAACAGUCAGCUGUGAAUGGAUAAUGAUGUACAUUUUAAAGUGUUAACUGUUGAAAUUAUAAAUAAUUUGUGGUUACAUCUGGAGUGUUUUGUAUGAUAGAUGUUUAACCUUUGGAGGCUGGAAGCCGAAGAAAAUAUUUUAACUUUGGCCUCUUGCUCUAUGAAUGGCUGUGAGAAAUGUAUGUGCUUGCAAUAAUUUUUUUUUUUUCUCUUUCAAUGUUUUUAAGGCAGUAUAAAUAAUUUUCUUAUAAAAAAUGCCUUACUUUUGUCUUCUCUGUAGCAGGUGUCAACACACAUUAAAAUAACUUAAGGAGUGUUUUUAUUCUGGGCAGGCAGAAACCAAGAUUAUGUUUAAAACUGACACAAACACAAUCUUUUACUCCAGGAUGUGUUUUUUUUUUUUUAAAAUAACAUGUUUUUAAUAUUUUGAUCAUUGUCGUUUCCUCUUCCUUUGAUUUCCCACAGAUGCUUCAUCAUCAUGUCUGAAUCAUCAUUUAAUGUGUAUUUUCAUUCUAUACAUUCCAAACCAUGCAUUUAUAAGGUCAAAUAUUACUUUAUUUACUUUAAAAUGAUGUGACAGUAGAAUGUAAGACAGACAAUAUGUGAAAAAAAUAGAGCUCCUCUGAAUUCUGUUUGUUGCAUUCUGAAUUUCAUAUUUACAUAAAACAACUUUGCUCUACCGUUUCUAUUGCAGCACCGGAGAGCAAACAGAAGUUGGACUCUGUAGCGGUUUCCCGUGAUGAUGCUUUAAAAACCAGACUGACUUCCUCAGUCUUCAUCAUCACAGAACCACAUUUGGAGCUCGAUCUUUUAUAUUCGUUUUCAUUUUGU